UAUCAUCUCCCGUCCCGCUGCGCGACCAGUCGGAGUCGGUUCCUUGUUUGCCAUCACAAAAUCCAAUAGUUUGCCUUGUACCGCUGAAGGAGAGAGGGUGCACGGUUCGACGGUUUCACAUACGCGUCUUGCGAAAAAGUGCGGUGAAUCCUACGAGUCCAAUGUAACGCACGUCUCUCGCUUACGCAAAAGAUGUACAUUAUCCCGCGUUUAUUUACCCAUACUACAAGAUUUCGCCGUUGCUAGAGUGACUUGGCGCGCGCGCAUAUUCGUGUAAGUGAGAACACUGUAAAUUCCUACGAGCAACCGGACCGACCGGCCUGUUAAGGCUUCGUCGAUUUUUUGGUCGUGAAAAAACAACGAACCAAGAGAGCUGAAGAGAAACAGUGAGUGAGUGAGAAAGAGAGAGAGAGAGAGGACAGAGAAGAAGAUAGGUGUGGAACACACAGAAAUUGCGUGAGAGGGAGGAGGAGUCUAGUACAUAAGGAGAAACAGAGUGAGAAAAUAAGAAAGAGAGAGAGAGAGAGCGCGGGCGCGCGCGCGCGCGCAUGGUGCUGUGUGCGUGGAUGCGUACAUGUGUGUGAACGGAGCGAACGCGCGAACGCGAACGGAAGAGGAACAGAGAAAGGUGGAGACGGAGAGAGAGGGAGGGAAAGGAAGAGAGAGAAAAAGGAGAACUCUGUAAGUAUAAGGGUCGAUUAUACGACGCCGUCGAGAGGCUCGAUCGCGAGGGAAGUAGCUGGUGAUACAUCGAGGGUGUACGGUGCCUGCUUUGGUGGCGGUGGUGGUGGCGGCAGCGGCAACGGCAGCGGCGGCGGCGGCGGCUGCGGCGUCGGUGGCGCUUCGCGGAGGAAGUGACCGCACGCGGCGCGGACGUACGUUACUUGUCGCGGAGUCCGCUCCGAGAAUGCGUUAUGUAUUUACGUAGAAUAUUGCGUAACGUACAAGGGGCCGGCUAGAGUGUGUUUAGAAACGUGCGUCGUCUUAGAAUUUCACAACAUAGAUCGACAAGAACUACCGGCGCAAAAGCAAGUUUCGCGCGUGCAUACGCAGCAGGAAUCCAACCCGGCCACCGACGCGAUCGAAAGUUUCGGGGAGCCAGAGCAGAGUCAGCGACAGUGCACUAUUCCCGACGACAACCGAGAGACGUAUCUCGAUCUCGACGUUCACCGUCACCGUUCGUAUUCUUCGUCGUAUUUGUACGGCAAAACCUACAUAGGAGAUAGGAACACGGAACGUGUUUUUUUCAGAUGGAAAUUGCAGCUCCAAUGUGAUUUGCAAUGAAACGUGUUCGUGGACUGGACGACAUAGCAUCAGCACCAGCAAAGCACUCAUCGGUGAGUGCAGCAAGUGGCUUAGGUGGUGGAGGAGGUAGUUUAGAUUACCACGCUAGCAGUGGAAUAGGUGUUGUUGUACCUGGUCAAGCAGUUCGGUCUGUUGCGUCAAAAGAAAUGCCAGGAAGUAUACAGUUUGGCACUGCCCAAGCUCAACAACAAUACACUGGAGCGAUUGUUGUACCAACCGCAGCACCAUCUCCUAUCAAGCAGGCGAGUGGCUCUGCGGGAGGACUUGGCUCCACGUGUAGCAGUAGCAGCAUAAAUACUGGUGGUGGUUUGCAUAGUGGAAUAGGUGGUGGUAAUAGUCAUACAAUGGCUUCCCAACAACCUACAUCAGGAUCACAAAAUCAAGUCCAUGCGCAACAGCAAUCGACAAUAAGGCAUAAGGUACAUUCUGGUAAUGUAACACCUUUGGCUUCCACUCCACCCGGCUCUAAUCUGGGAGGAGGAAGUGGAUCUCAACAAUUCCAGAGAUUAAAAGUAGAAGAUGCUUUAUCUUAUCUGGAUCAAGUAAAAUAUAAAUUUAGUGAUCAACCACAGGUAUACAAUGACUUUUUAGAUAUUAUGAAAGAAUUCAAAUCUCAAAGUAUAGAUACUCCGGGCGUUAUAACCCGAGUGAGUCAUCUCUUCAAAGGACAUCCCGAACUCAUCGUCGGUUUCAAUACGUUUCUCCCACCCGGCUACAAGAUAGAAGUACAAGCAAACGAGCAAGGAUAUGCUUUCCAAGUAUCCGUCAGUAUGCCCAGUCCAACGGCAACACAUACUGCCACAUUGUCGCAGCAUCAUUGUACGGUGAAUGUUGGUUCACCUCCAGUAGCUAGUCCACCCACGCAACCUGCAAAAGCACCUCCCGUUUUGCAAAUAAUGCCAGGGUCGGGUAAUAUACACCAUACGUUGGCAAACAGUAUUACAACUAAUAGCUUAACUGUUCACGCGCCUUCACCGCCGCCAUCAGUAUCAGUGUAUAAUAAUUCGCACGUUAGCACUGCACAAGCGCAAGCUGUCAGUCAGGCUUUAAAUCAAGCAGAUGGUGUGUCGACUGGUGGACAAACUCAACAAAGUCAGCCGGUUGAAUUUAACCAUGCGAUAAACUAUGUCAAUAAAAUAAAGAAUCGGUUCCAAGGUCAACCAGACAAAUACAAACGCUUUUUGGAAAUAUUGCAUACGUAUCAGAAAGAACAGCGAAAUUUAAAAGAAUCUGGUCAUAUGGGAGGUACGAGUUCUGGUGCGACAGGUGGAACAAAACACUUGACGGAGGCGGAAGUUUAUAGUCAAGUUGCUAAAUUAUUUGAAAAUCAAGAAGAUCUGCUUGCUGAGUUUGGACAAUUUUUACCGGAUGCUACCAAUCAGCAAAACUCGUUGACUAAUAAGACAACAUCAGUUAACGAUCAUACGGCAAUUGUCAAGAAACCAAUUGGACUUAAGACACCUUACAAUAAUUCUGGUACUAUAUCGAGAGAUCUUCGAGAAGCUAGCAGUACGGCUGGAUUGGAACGCGACAAUCGAGAACAUAGAGAACGAGAACGGGAACGGGAUAGAUCGAACAUAAGAGAUAUGAGUAGUGGCCAGAAAUGCGGACACAGUACAGGACAAUUGAAAAGAAGUCCGUCAUUCUCGACUUCAGCGACUGCGGGAAAUUCUCAUCAUAUACAACAUGGGCCACCACCCUCGAAAAAGCAUAAAGUGGCUUCGAUGCGCGAUAUUUCUAUCGCGGAAGCUGGUAAAUACGGUACCUUAAAUGAUUAUGCUUUCUUUGAUAAGGUUCGAAAAGCGCUCAGAUCGCAAGAUGUCUACGAAAAUUUUCUUCGAUGCCUUGUGCUUUUCAAUCAAGAAAUAAUAUCGAAAUCGGAGCUUAUUCAGCUAGUGACACCAUUUCUCGGUCGUUUCCCCGAAUUAUUACGUUGGUUCAAAGAUUUUCUGGGCUACUUAAUCGAUUCGUCGAGCACUACGGUGACAAAUGCAGGAAACGCCAUCGGAAUAGAAACUUUCCCAAACAGCAUUGUACGUAGCCAUCAAGAACGGCCGCAAGGUGACUUAGCGAUAGAAAUUGAUUAUACAGCGUGCAAGCGACUGGGGGCGUCGUAUUGCGCAUUACCAAAAUCGUACAUUCAGCCAAAGUGUAGUGGCAGAACGCAAUUGUGUAAGGAAGUCCUCAACGAUACCUGGGUUUCAUUUCCAACUUGGUCAGAAGACAGUACAUUUGUAACAUCAAGGAAAACGCAAUACGAAGAAUCUAUAUAUCGAUGCGAGGAUGAACGUUUUGAAUUGGAUGUCGUUAUAGAAACUAACGCAUCGACAAUUAGAGUGCUCGAGGGCGUUCAUAAGAAAAUGAACCGGAUGACUCAAGAGGAGGUACAAAAAUAUAAACUCGACGAGUGCAUGGGCGGUUGUUCCCCUACGAUUCAUCAACGAGCAAUAAAAAGGAUAUACGGUGAUAAAGCUUCCGACAUCAUAGAGGGUCUCAAAAGGAAUCCUGUAGUGGCUGUGCCCGUUGUACUCCGCCGAUUAAAGGCUAAGGAGGAGGAAUGGCGGGAAGCGCAAAAGGGAUUCAAUAAAAUCUGGAGAGAACAAAACGAGAAGUACUACUUGAAAUCUUUAGAUCAUCAAGGAAUUAAUUUCAAACAGAAUGAUGUAAAAGCGUUGAGAUCUAAAAGUUUGUUCAAUGAAAUCGAAACAUUAUACGACGAGAGACACGAACAGGGUGACGACGGUAAUGGUGACGGUCAAGGGAACAGUGGUCCACAUCUCGUUCUAUCGUACAAAGACAAAUCUGUAUUGGACGAUGCUGCCAAUCUCUUGAUCCAUCACGUUAAACGGCAAACCGCUGUCCAUAAGGAAGACAAGCAACGGAUAAAGCUUUUAUUAAAACAUUUUAUACCUGAUCUUUUCUUCCAUCCCCGACAAGAACUUAGCGAUGACGAAAGGGACGAAGACGAUGAGAAGGAGGAUGUAAACAUGGCAACGUGUAAUAAUUCUCAAUCCGCAACAAACACUUCAUCGUCGUUGAGUGGUUUGCAAGCUAAUAGGAGUAAGGCUCCCGCGUCGCCGAGUACAUCUUCCGCUACUAUCAAAAGUGAACCCGACGUAAAAGUACCAAUGCACGCUCUCUCGAGUGAUCCCGAGGAAGCGUAUACGCUUUUUAUGGGGAGUAAUAAUUGGUACCUCUUCCUGAGGUUACAUCAUAUACUAUGUGAAAGAUUAACAAAAAUGUACGAUAGGGCGGUUGCUCUUGCCGAAGAGGAGUCCAAGUAUAAACAACAGCGCAGAGAAAGUACAGCUGUCGCUUUAAGAUUGAAACCAAAAAGUGAAAUUGAAAUUGAAGAUUAUUAUCCUGCCUUUCUGGAUAUGGUUAAAAAUGUCCUCGACGGAAAUAUGGAAAGCACAGCGUACGAAGACACAUUGCGAGAAAUGUUCGGUAUUCAUGCCUACAUUGCCUUUACUCUCGACAAGGUCGUUAAUUAUGCGGUUAGGCAAUUGCAGCAUCUAGUCUCAGAUUCCGUUUGUCAACAAUGCAUGGAUUUAUUCCAAAGGGAGCAACGUCAACCUAAAGAAAAUAGCGGAGCUGGCGGACUAUGCGCCACAGCGUACAUGAGAUUAAGCGCUGAAUUAUCAUAUCAACGCAAGGCAGAAAAAGCAAUGGCAGAUGAAAACUGUUUCAAGAUAUAUAUAUAUAAAAAGGACUGUAAAAUGACGAUGGAGUUGUUAGAUACAGAAGGCGAUGAAACAGUGGAUAAUGGCUGUAGAGAGAGAGAAAGGGAAGGCGUUACAGUUUCUGAAAAAUGGUCAACAUACGUUGAGAGAUUUUCGGCACCAGCUGGUCAAACUAGUCCAAAAGACACUCCUGCCUUAACAGAGAAUGAGCAGACGACCAAUCAUCCUGUGAGUAACGACCAGGCAGCAAGGGGGGGGAGGGGCAGAAAACGCAAGAACACUGACAUUAGCAAAAAGAUUGACGGAAAUACUUGGGGUUCCUCAGGCAGAUCCUCAGCAGGACGUAAACCCACAUUUCUCUGUCGUAAUAUUAAAUCAUAUCGAAAGCAUGCCGCAAGAUUAAUGAGAGGGAAAACAUCUUCGCUUAAUGCUAAUCAUCCGGAUAAAGUCGCAGAAUCAAGCGACACUCCAGACAUGAUCAAUUCCGACGAAACACAAUGUAGAUUUAAUCCCAACAGUUAUACCAUGCUUUUCAUUGUCCAUAAGGACAGAUUUCUUUACAAACAAAACUCCAUGAACCGUGCUAGACGGUGUCAUCCAGCUGUAACGAAGCGUAAGGAUUCCAAGUUCCAUCAUUGGCAUUCGUUAUGGAUAUCCAAAAAUGGCACAGAUAUUCAACAUCGGUUGUGUCAAGAUUGGUUGAUGGGACGAUACGAGAAUUUGAUUCCUCACAGGACACGAGUGAUAACGGACAACGAUCAGACACGUUCUCCCUACCGGCAAUACAAUCGUUUUCGAGUAGAACGUUUGCAAUCUGAUUUGUUGACAGAGACUUGCGUCUAAUCCAAUUCGACGGAAUUUCUUACCGUCGUUAAAAAUUUCUCAAUAUCACUACAUUCGCUAUAAUUAGUCCUUUUUUUUUCUCUCGGCGAAAAUUAUUCUUUGCCCGUUCAGUCGGUAUGAUUAAUAAAACUCGAAGCAGAAAUUCUUGAAAUACGAGUUUAGUUUUGUACAAAGUAAUGAA